GAGGCAGAAAUAGUACUAACAACUAGAAAGUGCUUGGACACGGACUAACUGAGAAGCAUAAUCGAAGCAGAAAGGCUACUGAACAAAGAAUGACGACCUCUGCUAUGGAACAAAGCAAUUUGGAUGUUUCUCACUUCCACCAUACGCCUUAUUAUUGUGAGGAGAAUGUAUACUUGCUUUGCAAGAAGUUAUGCGCUGAUGGAAUAGCAGAUGCUGACGGUUCGGACCUUUUUGUCGUUUUCAUUUCCAAUGAAAAGAAGCAGAUUGCACUAUGGCAUCAAAAGGCUAGCAAAAGAGCAGAUGGGAUUGUUCUCUGGGAUUAUCAUGUCAUUUGCAUUCAGAGGAAAAGUGCAGGCAACUCACCCCUAGUGUGGGACUUGGAUUCAAGUCUUCCGUUCCCUUCACCUCUAGCUUCCUAUGUGUUGGAAACAAUCCGUCCAUCUUUUCAACUGUUUCCCGAUUAUCAUAGGUUAUUCCGAAUUGUGCAUGCUCCAGUAUUUCUUCGUUGUUUUGCAUCUGAUAGAAGACAUAUGAAAGACCCUGAUGGAAAAUGGAUUGCAGAACCUCCUUUACAUGAACCCAUAGUUGCUGAAGAUGGAACAGUGCACAACCUAAAUGAAUACUUCAACAUAUCUGAUGCGGAUGCUACAGAUAGCGGCAUUGAUUCCGUCAAAGGCGCAAUUUUUACUCAGAAAUACGGUGUGGUAGCGAAGGAAAAUCAGCUGGAAGAAUUCUUUUCUGAGAUCUUACGGUAGCCACCAUUUGAUUGCUAGACACACACUUGCCAAUGGCGGUUUUAAAUGUUAAGCUGCCACUUGCCAGUGCUUUACUCGGUUUUAAAUGUUAAGAUGCCGCAGUUCCUAUCUUAUUGUUUGUAAACAUGGUUUCUCAUGAAAUGUUUUUAGUAGAAAUUUGUGUUAUUUUGUUGAGAUUGCGGGGAAGGAGGGCGCCAGGGAAAACUCAACUAGCAUCAUCAUGUAUUUUCAAAGUCAAGGUUGUAUAUAAAAUGUUUACAGUCA